CAAGGUCAAAGUUUACACGUGCAACGUCACGAUAGGAACACAGUUGGAACGUCAGCUUCCAAAGAAAACAUACAUUUCUGCGUAAAAUGUGCUUGAUUUCACGUUUAAUUCAGCGGUUUUAAUGAAACAGGAUACAAUGCAGAUGCUUUGAAUGCAUAUCGAGACGUACAGUAGUAGUUGGUCAUGUUUUAAACUUUUGAGUUACGAAUUUGCAGCGGAGCUAGUGAGCUAACGUUAGUUUGCUAGACAUGGAUCCGCUAGACAUAGUAAUGGACGAAGUGGCGUUGGAGGGACUGGACGGGGUUACUAUCCUCUCUCUGUGGAUUCGGUUGGAAAAGAGGAACCCCGUUUUCCCACGGAAUCUAGACUCGUGUACUAAAGAGUUCAUUUGGAAAUCCUUGGUCUCGAACCACGAAGUCGACUUCUACGAGCUGCCGCAAGAGAGAGCGGAUGUCGUGCUCGUCGACCGAUUUGCAGACAUAGAUCCAGACACAGGGAUUCAGGAAGCAUCCCAUUGGGACAGAGUGGACUCCUACCCUGUCCAGAUCUUAUUGGAGGAUAAGAGUGGAAUCCAGGGCUCGUGUGUCUUCUUCAAGGAGAGGAGAAAUGUCACCCCAAUCAUCCGCACCACCAAACUGACGCCAUGUGUAACGUUAGAGGACGCCUUCAAAAGGUGGGGGAGGAAGCUGGUAAUGGUGGCCUCCCAGAGGUUAAGGUUCAGGGUGUUAAUAGGUGACGGAGGAGACCCGGACUUGAAGCUGACUGACCACUCAUACUGUAUCCUGGAGAGGGUGGGGAGGGCCCGCUGGCAGGGAGAGCUACAGAGAGACCUGCACUGCUGCUCAUUCAAGACGGACGCGAGGAAGAUGCACUACUUGAGGAAGUCUCUGACACAGAAUGAUCUGAUCACCAUGCAGUCUCAUGUCCUCAGACUGGCCAGCGGAGCACAGCAACACUCCAUACUGCUCCUGCUCAAACGCUUCCAUGUAGACCGGCGUAGUAAGUAUGAUAUUCUGAUGGAGUUGACCUCUAACCUCCUGUCAGAGGCGCCCAACCACACAGCCUCCAUGAUCACACUACGAGACCAACUGAGUAUCAGUGAGAGGACCUUCAAGCGUAUGUAUCAGUACAUGCAAGCAGCCAAACUGGUCCAAGUGGUCAUUAAACCAGUUGAACACCUCAACCCUACAGUAGGCCCCUGUGAUACCAGGAGAGGCACAAAGGUGGUGGCUCGCUGUCUGAAGCUAAUCAAACCCUACGUGAGGAAGGAGGUGGUCGAGGCUGAGGAUGACGAUGAUAACGAUGAUGAUGAUGGGGGAGGAGCAAAUAGGAAGACCGUCCCCACAGAGGGGCGGAUCAUGGAGAGAGACUUCCUCUCACAGGCCUAUGGGAUCAUCGUGUCCUGCGGGACCAAGGGCAUCUCUCAGAGUGCGUUGCGUGCGAGGAUGUGCAUCGGCAAGCUGGAGUCUCGUAUGAUCUGCCGACUGCUGGAGAGGACAGACAUGAUCAAGGGUUUCAUGGAAGACGAGGGUCGUCAGAGGACCACUAAGUACCUCGGCCAUCUGCACGUCGGUGAGUCUGAUCUGCUUCGACAUCUCGUGAAAGAGCAGGAGCGAUCAGACCGGCUUCGCACUGUAGGGGGAGGAGGGGAAGGAGAGGGGGCCCCCCAAACCCCAGCACAGGCCACCCUAAAAACACCAGCUACCACAAAGACUCGGCCUACCCCAAAAACAACAUCGCUUCUGGAACCUCUGGGAAACACUGAGGGAGAGGAGGAGAGAGAGAGGGAUGAGGAAGACGAAGACUGGGAAGUCGAGAAGAAAGGGAAGAAGAAGGGAGCGAAGAAGAAAAAUGCAAAAAAAAAGAAAGUGGGCAAGAUGUCUCUCCUGAAGCAGUCCAAACUCCACUUCCUGGUUGCUCAUCACUCUGCACCCAUCACGAGUGAAGCCAAUCAGGAGCCAGAGCUGGAAUCUUGGCUCAGCCCAGUUGAGGAGGAGGAGUCAAAAUUCGGUCCUGACGUUUCAUUGGACCAGACGGGGAGUAUGUUCGCAGGCAACAGCCAAGCGGAGGACAGCGUCACGGUCAUCGAGGACAUCCCCAGUCAGAAGGAGCACCACCGCCAGACGUACCGCCUGCUGAAGAGGAAGAACGUGAUUGUGGAAGCUGUUCAGAGCCUCAAGAUCAUAGAGGGCCUCUUCACAAUCCAGAGGUUGGUUCAGGAUGAGGAGAAGCUAGAUGGUGUGAACACUAAGUGUUGUAAGAAGUCUAUCCUGCGUCUCAUCAGAUCUCUGUCUAAAGAGGGAAUGCUCAAACUGUUCAGAACCACUGUUAUACAGGACGGAGUCAGCAAGAAGGUGGAGUUUAUAGUCCACCCCUCUGUCUCUCCUAGUGAUGCUUUAGUGAAGUCGGCUAUAGAACAGGUCCGCUUCCGCAUCUCCAGCUCCUACCCUGCUGCACGUAAUGAAAUGCAGGAAGAGGAGAAGGCGAAGGAGAGAGAGAGGAGCAGUGUGGGAAAUGAGGUGCCUGCUGAACCCCAGAAUAUGAGAACAGAGGACAAGAUGGGAGACAAAGACAAACAACUGAAGAACUUCAAACCUUCUAUCGUCCCAGGUCUCAGCAGGUCUUUGGGGUACCAGCCUAAGAUGCCUCGUCUGAGACUGACACACACCUUCUUGUGGUAUCUGGUCUACGGACACCCCCUGAGACACCCCUCUACCCCCACUCCCCCUGACCUCCACAACACCUCCAGCUCUAUCGUCCUCCCCACUGAUAACCCUGGUGUCCAGACUACCUACCCCACCACCCCCAGUAACCCCUCACUACCCCAAACUACACACCCUGACGACACCCAACCUUCUAGCUCUGAACACACAGACCUCCCCACUUCAACCCCCCGAAACACAGACCACCCCAAUCCCCAGAACUCAGACCUCCCCACUUCAACCCCCCGAAUCACAGACUCCCCCAAUCCCCAGAACUCAGACCUCCCCACUUCAACCCCCCGAAACACAGACUCCCCCAAUCCCCAGAACUCAGACCUCCCCACCUCAACCCCCCGAAACACAGACUCCCCCAAUCCCCAGAACUCAGACCUCCCACCUCAACCCCCGAAACACAGACUCCCCCAAUCCCCAGAACUCGGACCUCCCCGACACCCAGAGCCCACCCACGACAACGCUGCAGUAAGUGACCCCGCCUCCACAGAGGGACAGCCAGGCCUGACCCCUGACCCGGAAGUGAUGUCAUCGUUGGCGGAGGAAGGGCAGGACGUGAUCAAUCUGACAGAUGUCGGACAUGAUCCUGACAUGAAAGUCUAUGUAGAUGAGGUGUCUUGGAGGAGGUUCAUCCCCCCGGCUCCGGUCCACAGAGAGUUUGGUCCAGGCUGGGCCCUGACCUCUGAUGUUGUUCUCUGUCUGCCUCUCUCCAUCUACAUUCAGAUUAUACAGAUAUCCUUCAAGGUGGAUGGCUUGGAGGAGUAUCUGAACGACCCAGUGAAGCAGCACUACCUCAUCAGGUUCCUGCCUUCUAGGAUGAAGACCCAACUACUGCACAAACGGAAGUACAUCUUUAGUUUCCAUGACAGCAUGCAGCGUCUGAUUUUCAUGGGUCUGCUGCAGUUUGGCCCGGUGGAGAAGUUCCAAGACAAAGACCAGGUAUCUCUUCUAGCACAAAUACAUCAAUUACACAUGUCAAGUCCACUACAUGGGGUACUUCGAGCGGCUGUGGGUUCCACACGGACCUUUAGGUGUGCAAAGCGCUGUGUAAACGCUGUAGGGUCCUGUGCCUUAUAUAAUGUCAGAAAGCCUCGUCCGUCUCGUCUCUGCUUCCACUCUCAGCGGAGCUUCCUUGAAGUGUCAGGUUUCAGAACCCAGAUUUGCAUAGGGAGUGAUGUCACGUUUUCUGGCCAACCUCUCUCCAUUUCUCUCCCUGUCUCUCUCCCUGUCUCUCUCCCUGUCUCUCUCUCUCUCCAUCUCUCCCCCUCUCUCCCUCUUUCUCUCCCAGGCGUGAUCAGGAAGGAGCGUCCGAAGAGAAGCUCUGCCUCCAAAUCCCAGGAGGGGCCAGUCGGGGUUCCCGUGGAUACAGACCGCCACAAGUUCCGUCACCUGGAACACAUGCUCAAGGGCAGCAGGGAGGUGUGUUCCACAGCAGUAAUACCAGGGGACGGGAAAGGAGCAGGAGGUCUGGACUCUGAGUUCUUCGGACACCUCAAACGCAACUGGAUCUGGACCUGUCAUCUGAUGAGAACCAAGAGGAGCAACAACCAGUACGAGUCCAGUAACACCGUGAGACUGAAUAGUCUACUGACCAAACAUGUGACCAUGGAUAGAGGCCCCAAGUUCCCCGGGCCCCAGUCCUCUAAGCAGGGGGUCCCAGCAGGGUUGAGGUUGGAGGAGGUCCACAUCUCCACUGAGCCGUCCAGUAGGAACCGGCUGGUUAAAGGAGGGAAGAAGCAGAAGAGGAAGAGAACCAUUCAACUGAAAAAACAGGCCAAAACACCACAGAAGAAGAAGAAAGUCGAGGUUAGAAAGCGGCCCCCAGUCCAUGAUGCAGCAGACCACAAAGCUCUGAUGAUGAUGACCAGACAGAGAGUAACAUGGAGCGUCAGCGAGGACUCUGUACUCAUCCUCUGUAGAGUCGCUUCACACUUCCUGAACCGCAAGCUCCGCAGGCCCUUCGUCCCGUGGUGUGUAGUGAGGGAUCUGCUCCACGUAGAGUUUGAAGAGUCUCUGGAUAAAACCUCUCCGUCUGUUGGACGACGAUCACGUUACAUACUGAAGAACCCACAGACAUACCUCAACUACAAGAUCUGUCUGGCGGAGGUGUACCAGGACAAGCCGCUGAUUGCGAAACUACAGGGAAGGAAACACGACCCCAACGACCCCAAGGAAUGUUCUACAGUGUUCCGGGAGUUUGUGUCGUUACUCAGACAGAAGUUCAGCUCCGCCUCCGGGUCGUGUGAUGUCACCAUCCCUGACACCAAGACACAGCUGUUCUCACGGUUUAAGGUGUACACCCUGGAGGACAUGUCAGAUGAGAACACCAAGGACUCUCUCAACAGUAUUGAGGACAUCCACUCCCUGGUGUUGAAUAAUCUGAUCCAGAGUACAUUGGCCAUGUCCAACUCUCAGAUGAAAUGCUGCCGAUCCUUCCAGACCUUCCAUACCUACAGUAGGUACCGUCAGGAGGUUCUGUGUCAGGUGUUUGUCCAGUGCAGGAAGAAGGGAUUGGUCAACAGACGCAGGAUCAGUCAACUGUGUGGCCCCAAUAAGAACCGUGCCCUACCCAUCCUGCCCAUGUCUUACCAACUGUCUCAGAGUUACUACAGGUGUUUUACAUGGCGUCUGCCCACGGGUCUGUGUACAGAGGUGUUUGACUUCAUGCAGGCCUUGAGGGAGGUGGGCACGGAGAAAGAGCGAGGGGAGGAGAGAAGUGAGAAGGAUAAGGAAAGAGAAAAAGAGAAAGAUGAAGAUAUGGAGACAGAAGACAGAGGGAAGAAGACAGAGAACGAGCAAUUGGAGGAGAACGAGGACAACGCGGCCCACAACCAAGCGGAAGAACAGGUCUCGUCUUUUACCGUCCAUGGAGUUGAGUCUACCUCCGGGGACCCUGCCUCCUGUCCUCUCACCCAGACGGAGGAGCCGGAGUCGGGGACAGCACCCGGCCUUGACCCCUCUCUCCCUCUGGAUUUCAUGGAGAUGUUGCAGUUCUCCCUGGAGUCCCCGGGGGGCGCCACUCUGGCCUGUCUCAGUCUGAUGACUCUGGGUCUGCUGUCAGUCCACGUCUCCAUACCUGAACACAUAGUGGUGUUGGACAGCACCAUGGUGGACAAUGAGGUGGUUAAGAGUAUCUCAGUGCUGGCUGAGGAUGAUGAUGAUGAAGAGGAGAACGAGGGGCGGAGUCGGAUCGAGGUGAGGGCUCACAAGGCGUCCCACACCAAGUACCUGAUGAUGCGUGGAUACGCGUUCCCCGGGAUCGUCAACCUCCGAAACCUCAACACCAACGAUAGUAUCGUGGUGGAAUCGUGUACCAUGAGACUACAUCUACGACACACACCUGUAACACACACUGUUUACUACCCAGGACUCUCCUCCCAUAGACUUCUCCAGACACGGUCCCUCUCUCCUCCCCUCUUUACUCUCCCAUUCCCUCAGAGCCCAUCCCUCCUCCUCCUCCUCUCCCUCCUCCUCCCCCCUCCCUUCUCCCCCUCCUCCUCCGUAGAGGUGUGUGAGGGGCGUCUGGUGACUCAGAGAGGGUAUAGCCCAGAGGACAUUGGUGCUGUGGCAGAGCUCAGAGCAACGCUGGAGAGACACGGAGCCUUCGGAUUGGACAGGCGGGACCUGGUGACAUCACACACACACCUGGCCGACCCGAGAGACGGGCGUACCAGAGGUCUGCAGCGGUACAUACAGGACUUGCUGGAGGAAGAGCUGGUGUUGGAGGUGGGAGGGAGCUCAGUGCGUCUGGUGUUACUGAGUCACGCUGAGCCCUGGCUACUGACCUCCACAGAGAGGCAGAGAGACCGGCCACACCAAGCCCAGCGAGGAGCCUCUGCCUUUGGAGACAGAAAGCACCACAACCCCCUCCUCCGCAAGAGAAGAAUGGUGGUCCCCAGAGAGCAGGAACCACGUAGUAAGAGAGGGAGAAGAGAAACGCUGAUGGUGGAAGAGGAGGUUGAGAAGAGGGAGGAGACACCGGAGGAGGAGGAGGAGAGAGAGGAGACACCGGAGGAAGAGGAGGAGGAGGAGGAGAGGAAGAAGAUGCAGCCUGAAGAGAAAGACAGGAACGAGACUGCAGAGGAGAGAUGGAUGAAGAGGAGAGAGGAGGAGGAAGAGAAAGAAGAAGAGAGGGUACAAGAGGAACCAUCAUCUACCAUUGAGACAGAACAGAGCACAGAGGGCGACGGCAAGAAGCCAUUUUCAUCUCUAGCGAGGAAGAGGAUGGUGAAUCGUCCGUGGCGUAUCGUGGACGGCAGUCUGAACAGGCCGGUGUGUAAAGGCAUGCUGGACGCUGUCCUCUACCACAUCAUGACCCGGCCCGUACCAGAACACGUCUUACUGGAACACUACAGAGGGGUCUUGCAGCCAGUGGUGGUACUGGACCUCGUGCAGGCCCUCGUUGAGUUGGGCUGUAUCAAGAAGAAGUACGUGACCAGACGUCCCAAACCCUCCCUCUUCUCCCGUCCAGCCGCCGUCCUCAUGGUGGGGGAGGAGAGAGAGGGAGAGACGGGGGUGAGGCUGGAGGAGACGGGGGUGAGGCUGGAGGAGACGGGGGUGAGGCUGGAGGAGACGGGGGUGAGGCUGGAGGAGACGGGGGUGAGGCUGGAGGAGACGGGGGUCAGACCGGCUGAGACGACCACUGUGUUCUAUGAGCCGACCAUCGACUGCUGUCUGCGUCUAGGACAGGUUUUACCCCAUGAAAACAACUGGAACCAGUGGGUCCAGUUCGCACAACAUGAGAACAAACAAUCAAUCAGGUAACACGAUGUACUCUGCUUCCAACUCAUCACCUACACGUCAGACGACACCAUGGUUCUUUGAGGGAGAAGAGGCCAAUCAAGAGUUACGGCUGUUGCACCUCUCCUCCCCCCCCUCUCCUUCCAUCCCUCCCUUCCCCUCUCCUUCCUUCCAUCCCUCCCUCUCUCUCUCCUUCCAUCCCUCCCUCUCUCU